GGGUCUUUCCGAGUGGGCGGAGCCUGGUCGCACUGGCGCGUGGCGGUCUACCGAGGCUUGUAUGGCGCCAGCUCAGCAGUCUCGGGUUCUGCGAUGCUGCAGCUGCCAUCUCUUUCAGGCGCAUCAGGUGAAAAAGAGUCUCAAAUGGACAUGCAAGGCUUGUGGAGAGAAGCAGUCCUUCAUGCGGGUUUAUGGUGAGGGCUCUGGUGCUGACUGUAGACGCCAUGUCCAAAAACUAAAUUUGCUGCAGGGACAAGUAUCAGAACUGUCAUUCAGGUCUGUGGACGAGGCUCUAAGAGCCCAAGAAGAAGAAAAUGCAGGCUCUCGGCAGGCUAAGAACAAGAGUCUGCAGGGAAAAUUUCAGCCCUCUGAGUCCCGCUGGCUGAAGUUUCUGGACAACAACCUUGAAGAGCAGGAGCUGGGAGGAGGAGCCAGCCUCCAGACACAGCCCUCUGCCAGUGCAGAGCAACUAGAUCCUUCCUUAGACCCAGCCCAGCCCAAGAAAAGGAAAUGGAGUCAGAGCACAGAGCAGACUUCACACAGCCUGCAUGUCCAGGAUUUGGAAAAUGCUGAGGGCAACGUGGAACACCAGGGUUCCACUGGCCUGAUGGGAACAGAGCAGCAAAAUAGCCUCAGCCUUGGAACUGCACUCCACACCAGGGAGCUUGGUUUCCCCUGGUGGAGACUACCAGGUCCUACCCUGCAGGUUAAGUCUCCAUCUUCUAAAUGGGCACGAUUUCUCCUAUCACCUGGGAACAUGGACACAGCACUGCCAGGGUCUCUGCAGGGGGCCCCACAGCCAGCUGAUGCAGCACAAGCUGAGCAAGGGACCCCUGAGACCGAGACCCCAAGGGAAAGCUGCUUCGGUAGGGCCCCAGCUGCUCACAUUCCCACAUCUAGGCCAGAGAGGCCAGGCAGGAAGACACCUGAGCACUGGGCCCUGGGCACUCCUCAGGCAGAGGGUGGGCCCUUAGCCAAAGGGGAACAGAAGGGCCUGUUCGUGCAACUGCAGCAUUCACACCACCUCUUUACAACUGGGGAGGACUUUGAGGAUGACCUGUGAGCUAAGGCCAUUCCUGUAGCCUUUGACCAUGAACACAUGGUCCCUGUCCCUCUCCACUAGUCCUCCCUGCCACAGAAACAAGAUGGAGGUGCUUUAAAACCGCCUGCCAAUAAACAUUUCUGGUAGAUGUACUUCUCUGACAAUACUGGUAAGGACCACAGCAUUGGUUUUUAAAGUGCAUUAGCCAUUUGUUUAUAAAUUGGUCACAGGCUGCUACAGAGGGGUUUCUUGAAAAGCAGUUAACACUGGAUAUAAGAGAACAAGAAUGUUAAUGAACAGGGGGAAAGGCAGUACAUUGUACAUUGUGGAGAACUGUCAGCUUCCCAU